AUGGAUAAAGCAUGGUCGCCAAAGGAAGAUGAAAUUCUUGUUAGUCUUGGCAACAGAGAAUAUGGGAAAAGAAUGAGAGCAAUCUAUUUGGGUCACAGAACCGCAAAACAAUGUGCUGAUAGAUGGAAAGCCAUUCGGGGAUAUAUCGACAGACCAUUUACCCCUUUUGAAUGUAAUAGGAUUCGGCAUUUGCACCAGAUGUAUGGCCCUCGAUGGAGGAGAAUGUCCGACGAUCUCCGCCGCUCUCCUAAAAUGAUAAAGGAAUGCUGGUUGGCUAUGGAAGAGAUUGCAUAA